AUGGUCCACGCAGCCUCCAAUGCGAACGACGAAGACAGUGCUGGCAGCGCGCUGUACCUAACGCCUCUCAUUGAGUCUGGACAACUGGAGCACGCCAGGAACCUCAGCCGUGUCGGCUCGCUCGGCCAGGUGGAAGACGUGCCCGGUUACUCCGGCUUCCUCACCGUCGACGCUGAGCUGGGCAGCAACCUCUUCUUCUGGUUCUUCCCAUCGAAGACAGAACCGCGCAGUGCACCCUUCCUGCUCUGGCUCCAGGGAGGUCCCGGAUCCACGUCGCUGUUCGGCCUCUUCUCGGAGCACGGACCAUAUCUAGUGGCCGAAGACGGCACGCCACACCUGCGCGAUGUUACGUGGGUCAACAAGUUUUCCGUGCUCUACCUGGAUAACCCCGUGGGCGCGGGCUUCAGCUUCACAGAAUCGGAGGAAGGCUACGCUCGCAACCUGAAUGACACAUCCAAGAACUUGUUCGAGGCCCUGCAGCAGUUCUUUACGCUUUUCCCCGAGUACGUCGACAACGACGUCUACGUCGGCGGAGAAUCGUAUGGAGGAAAAUAUGUUCCUGCUCUCGCCUACACCAUCGACACGGCCGUCCAACCACGGGUGAAGAUCAACCUCAAGGGAAUCUACAUUGGAAACGGCUUCAUCGAUCCCGUCUCGAUGAUGAACUUCGCCGACUACCUUUACCAGAUUGGGCUCGUGGAUAAAAGCGGCGCCACAUUUAUUAGGCAGCAGACGGAAAUAAUUGUAAAACUAAUCGAGGAUGGCCGCUACUUGGACGCCUUAAACGUUGUUGACCCUCUUCUGGCGGGUAUCUUUACAAAGCCAACCUACUUCAAGAAUGUCACCGGAAUGGACUUCUACUUCAACUAUCUUUACUCCAAACGGCCUAAGAAUUACCAAUAUUUUGACGCUUUUCUCGAGAGUCCAACGACCCGCAAGGCAUUACACGUCGGAAACUGUACAUUUACGGAUACGAGCAAAGUAGUUCAGGAGUAUCUUAAGGAAACCUACAUGGCAUCCGCUAAGCCCUACGUGGAGGCCCUAAUUGAAAAGUACAAGGUUAUGCUGUAUAGUGGCCAGCUAGACAUCUCAGUUGCGUACCCGCUCACGGAGAAUUUCAUCUCCACCCUUCAGUGGUCGGGAGCGAAGGCCUUGACCACAGCGCCGCGACAGAUCUGGGCGACCCCCGAUGGAGAGGACGUUGCCGGUUACGUAAAGCAGGUCGGCAACUUCACCGAGGUCUUUAUCAGGAACGCGGGGCAUAUGUCACCCCAUGACCAGCCCGUGGUCUUGUUGGAUAUGAUGGUCAAAUUUGUCGACGGCAAGCCCUUCUCUGGUUUGAUCUAAUUUCGAGCUACUGACCGUCCCUUGUCUGCUGGGAAAAAAGGUCCCGUGUAGAUCCUUGAAGUGUCAGUCUACGUUUCACUGAGAGCUUUAAGCCGAGGUCACCCUGCUCAUACAUCAUAUAAAAGACACGGCGUUCACUAAAAACACGAUAGCGAGAUAAUCUGCAGACAGACCUCAAUCAUCUUCGAAUCAUGCCUU